AUGCCCUCAAAAGAAUUAGAAAACAUUAAUCGUCCUCGAACUCCACUCGCCACAGACUUUACAGCGCAACAACGGCAGAAACAACUAGGCAACAACUACCAUUCCAGCUCACUCGCCAGAAUGAUCAAUCCGAACAGCGUCAACAAAACAAGUCUUCAUCCCGGUGGUGUUGAGCCACAGCGCGAGCACACUGAGAUCGAGGAAGAGCUCCAUGAAGUGGCUCAUAUUGACUACGACCGCGUCUCCAUUAUCGCCAAUCCCUCUGUCGCAGCCUUGUAUGAAGAUGCCUUGGUGUAUGAAACAGGCUCAGCCAUCACCUCAACGGGAGCUUUGACCGCAUACUCAGGGGCCAAGACCGGCCGUUCACCCCUCGACAAGCGUAUCGUCAAAGAAGAAGGCUCUGAGAAGGAAGUCUGGUGGGGUCCGGUCAACAAGCCGAUGUCACCUCAGGUCUGGAGGAUCAACAGAGAACGGGCUGUUGACUACUUGAAUACCCGCAAUCGAAUCUAUGUCGUCGAUGGCUAUGCUGGCUGGGAUGAGCGGUACCGGAUCAGCGUUCGAAUUGUUUGUGCUCGAGCGUAUCAUGCACUCUUCAUGCGCAACAUGCUCAUCCGGCCAUCGAGGGAAGAGCUACAGCAUUUCCACCCAGAUUACACGGUCUACAAUGCAGGCUCAUUUCCAGCCAAUCGAUACACGACCGGGAUGAGCUCGUCCACUUCUGUUGCUAUCAACUUUGCCGAGAAGGAAAUGGUUAUACUAGGGACUGAGUAUGCUGGCGAGAUGAAGAAAGGCAUAUUCACGGUGUUGUUCUACGAGAUGCCUGUGAAGCACAACGUAUUGACUUUGCACUCUUCUGCCAACCAAGGUAAAGACGGCGAUGUUACAGUCUUUUUCGGUCUAUCUGGAACAGGAAAAACGACACUAUCUGCAGAUGCCAAGCGUGCCCUGAUCGGUGAUGACGAGCACUGCUGGAGUGAUACAGGUGUAUUCAACAUUGAAGGUGGCUGCUACGCCAAGUGCAUUAAUCUCUCGGCUGAAAAGGAACCGGACAUCUUCAAUGCGAUCAAGUUCGGCUCCAUCCUAGAGAAUGUUGUCUUCAGCCCUGAAACACGAACGGUUGACUACGAUGAUGCCACAUUAACCGAGAACACUCGUUGCGCGUACCCAAUUGAGUACAUUGAGAACACCAAGAUUCCUUGUGUAUCCGACAACCAUCCCUCCAACAUUAUCCUCCUCACUUGUGAUGCUCGUGGUGUCCUACCGCCUAUCUCUAAGCUAAACACUGAGCAAACCAUGUUUCACUUCAUCUCUGGCUACACAUCAAAGAUGGCUGGCACGGAGGACGGUGUCACCGAGCCCCAAGCGACAUUCUCUUCUUGCUUCGCUCAGCCAUUCUUAGCUCUGCAUCCCAUGCGUUAUGCCAAAAUGCUAGCUGAUAAAAUCGCGCACCACAAUGCUAAUGCAUGGCUGCUGAACACUGGUUGGGUAGGAGCUGGUGCCACGACUGGUGGCAAGCGUUGUCCAUUGAAAUACACACGGGCAAUCCUCGAUGCCAUCCACUCAGGCGAGCUUGCCAAAGCUAAGUUCGAGACAUACGAAACUUUCAAUCUCCCCGUACCGACAUCUUGCGUCGGUGUUCCCUCUGAGCUACUCAACCCGGCGAAAUCCUGGACAGGAGCGGCUGACUUCAAAGAGGAAGUCACGAAAUUGGGGGGUCUGUUCGUUGAGAACUUCAAGAAAUAUGCUGAUGAGGCGACCGACGAGGUCAUCAAAGCCGGCCCUCAAGUUUGA